UAAUGUCUCGACAUCAAACUUAAUAAUUUGUGAUAAAAUUCUAAAAUGCAGAAAAAUCGAAAAUAAUUAAAAAAAAAAUUACAUAAAAAGUUUGAAUUUAUUUUUUUCGUGUGUGGAGAAGUAAAUUCCACAUCCAUUAAUCAAUCGAUAACUUCAACAAGCCAAAAUAAUAAAAAUAAAAAAAAAAUUGUGAUGUGAAAUAAAUUAAUUUUGUGUGCAAUGUGUUUGUAAUCAUUAAAAUUAAUUUAAAAAAGAUAAGAAAAUUUUUGAAAAAUAAAAAAUUUUAUGAGUGAAAUCAAAGUGAAAUAAAAAUUAGGAAAAUUAUAAAAAAAGUGAAAAAUGGGAGAUAAUUUAAUUGGAAUUACUAGUUUUCUGCAUGUUGGUGACAUUGUCUCGCUGUUUGCUGAAGGAAGCGUUUCUGGAUUUUUGUCGACUUUAGGCCUAGUCGAUGACAGAACAGUCGUUUGUCCCGAGUCGGGUGACCUCAACACACCACCCAAGAAAUUCCGUGAUUGCCUCCUCAAGAUAUGUCCCAUGAAUCGUUACUCAGCACAGAAGCAAUUCUGGAAGACAGCCAAGCAGUCAACAACAGCAUCAACUGAUGCUUCUCUACUUAAACGACUUCAUCAUGCAGCUGAGAUUGAAAAGAAGCAAAAUGAUUCAGAAAAUAAAAAGUUAUUAGGAACGACUGUUCAAUAUGGUUCAGUCAUUCAACUUUUGCAUUUAAAAUCAAAUAAAUAUUUGACAGUCAACAAGAGACUUCCGUCGCUGCUUGAGAAAAAUGCGAUGAGAGUUUAUCUUGAUGCGAAUGGAAAUGAAGGCUCGUGGUUUUAUAUCAUGCCAUUUUAUAAGCUUAGAUCGACUGGUGAUAAUGUUGUGGUUGGCGAUAAAGUUAUUUUAAAGCCGGUAAAUGCCAAUCAACAGAACUUGCAUGUUGCUAGCAAUUAUGAACUGCCUGAUAAUCCUGGGUGUAAGGAGGUUAAUGUGCUGAAUUCGAGUACUAGUUGGAAGAUCAACCUAUUCAUGGAACACCGAGAAAACCUAGACGACGUUCUCAAAGGCGGUGACGUAGUUCGACUGUUCCAUGCUGAACAAGAGAAAUUCUUGACAAUGGAUGAAUACAAAAAGCAGCAACAUGUGUUUCUACGUACAACAGGUCGAACAUCAGCAACAGCUGCGACAAGUUCAAAGGCAUUAUGGGAAAUUGAGGUCGUUCAACAUGAUCCAUGCAGAGGCGGUGCUGGACAUUGGAAUAGUUUAAUGAGGUUUAAGCACUUAGCAACAGGUUUUUACUUAGCAGCAGAAUUAGACAGUGAUCCUGGAUACCAAGAUUCAUACAGACUCGUCUCCGUUCCAUACUCAACCGACAUAGCCUCAGUCUUCGAACUCGAUCCAACGACAAUGACUCGUUCAGACUCCCUCGUGCCACAAAGCAGUUACGUUAGACUGCGUCACUUGACCACUAAUACAUGGGUUCAUGCCACAAGUGUUCCAAUUGAUGCUGAAGAAGACAAGCCAGUCAUGAGUAAAGUUGGCUGUAGUGCAAUAAAAGAAGACAAAGAAGCAUUCGCUGUGAUUCCGGUGAGUCCAGUGGAAGUAAGAGACUUGGAUUUUGCAAAUGAUGCCUGUAAGGUGCUGAUUAUGAUGUCACAGAAGUUUGCACAAGGAACAAUUAGUCAUAAUGAAAGGAAGUCAGCGAUUUCAUUGCUUCAAGACAUUGUGUACUUUAUUGGUGAUAUGGAGAAUGAGCAGAACAAGAAUGAAGCUUUAGACUUGACAAUUUUGAAUCCAAAUCGUGAUCGGCAGAAGCUGUUGAGAGAGCAGUACAUCCUUAAGCAACUGUUCAACAUCCUUCAAGGUCCAUUCAAGCCAUAUAAUGACCAGCCUGCAUUUUUAUCAAUCGAUGAACUCGGCGACCCCAAAAAUGCUCCAUUUAAGUACAUCUUCCGACUUUGUUAUCGAAUUUUGAGGCUUAGUCAGCAAGAUUAUCGUAAAAAUCAGGAAUACAUCGCCAAACAUUUUGGAUUAAUGCAGAAGCAGAUCGGAUAUGAUAUUUUAGCUGAAGAUACAAUAACAGCACUGCUGCACAAUAAUCGAAAGCUUCUCGAAAAGCACAUCACACCAGCUGAAAUUGAGACAUUCGUGGGACUUGUAAGGCGCAACAUGAUCAGCUGGGAAAGUCGAUUUUUGGAUUAUUUGAGUGACUUGUGUGUUAGUAAUAAGAAAGCUAUCGCCGUGACUCAAGAAUUGAUCUGUAAAUCUGUACUAAGUGCUAAGAAUGCUGACAUAUUGAUUGAGACUAAGAUGAUGUCGUCUGAGGAUUAUUGGCAGGCUGUUAAGGAUGAAGACGAUGAUGACUUUGAUGAUGACAGGAAGAGCAAUGAAGUGGUGUUGUCGUGGAGUAAUGGGAAGAAACUCAAAUCCCUUUCAGAAAUCGGACGCGGUGCCAAGCUCAACAUCACAAUAGACAUCGCACUUCUCGACUAUUACCGUCAUCAACUCAAUCUCUUCUCCAACAUGUGCCUGAAUCGACAAUAUCUUGCUCUAAACAACUUGUCACCACACCUUGACAUCGACUUAAUCCUCCGCUGCAUGUCCGACGAUUCAGUUCCUUACGAACUUCGAGCAUCAUUUUGUCGACUCAUGCAGAACCUUCAUGUUGAUCGAGAUCCUCAAGAGCCAGUUACUCCUGUGAAGUAUGCGAGAUUGUGGAGUGAGAUUCCAGCAAUGAUGUCUAUUUAUGAUUAUGACUUUAAGAAGAGUCCAGAUAGCAAUAAGGAACAGGUCAGGGCGAGGUUCAACACGACAAUUGCAUUUGUUGAGAAUUAUUUGUGCAAUGUUGUGAAUAAGAUGUGGCUGUUUAGUGAUCAGGAACAAAACAAACUCACCUACGAGGUCGUCAAACUAGCACGCGAUCUCAUCUACUUCGGCUUCUACAGCUUCAGUGACUUACUGCGUCUGACUCGAACUCUCCUCUCAAUCCUCGACUGUGUAUCGGAAGGUGACAUCGUUAUUGAUGUCCAAAAUGUUGACAUCGACUCAGAAGGUGGUGUCUUGAGAAGCAUUGGUGAUAUGGGCGCAGUCAUGACUCAAUUGACACUUGGAAGUCCGCUGAGUAACAGAUCAAUUCCAACAAUUCAACGAAGCAAGUCAGUCAGUCAAUUGAUGAAGGAAUAUCCACUUGUGAUGGACACGAAGCUUAAAAUUAUUGAAAUUUUGCAAUUUAUUCUCGAUGUAAGGCUUGAUUAUAGGAUCAGUUGCUUGCUGAGCAUCUUUAAGAGAGAAUUUGAUGAGUCAGAGUCGAUCAGUGCUGAAACUGUUGCUAUGAGACAGAAGAAUAUCGAUUUGGAGUCGAUUGGAUCGCAGGCUGAGGGAAUAUUUGAUUAUAAGAAGACUUCAGCAAACUUAGAUCUCGAUGGACAAGGAGGAAGAACAUUCCUCAGAGUUCUUCUCCACUUAAUCAUGCAUGACUACCCAUCCUUAGUCUCUGGAGCUCUUCAUCUCCUCUUCCGUCACUUCAGUCAACGACAAGAAGUUCUUCAAGCCUUCCGACAAGUUCAACUGCUCGUCAGCGACCAAGACAUUGAAUCAUACAAGCAAAUUAAGACAGAUCUCGAUGUUCUCCGUCAAUGUGUUGAGAAAAGUGAACUUUGGGUUUAUAAAAGUAAAAUUCAUUCAGAAGAUGACCAAGCAGCACAGCCACGACCUGAAGACACACUCGAAGGUGAUGCAAAUCUGUCAACGACUGAGCAAGUGUCUGAAUAUCAAAAGAUUCAAGAUAUUUUAAUCAGAAUGAAUAAGCUGUGCAUUAGCGUGGGUUCUAGUUCAGGAAUGAUUAAGCCAAGGAAGCAUGAACAAAGGCUGUUAAGGAACGUCGGUGUCCAUACUAUUGUCCUUGACCUCCUACAGGUUCCAUAUGAUGAGAAAGAUGACAUUAAGAUGAACAAAUUGAUGCAACUGGCUCAUCAAUUCCUUCAAAAUUUCUGUCUUGGGAAUCAACACAAUCAAGUGCUGCUCCACAAACAGCUUGACUUAUUCCUCAACCCAGGAAGUCUUUAUGCUGAGACAGUCUGUGCAAUUUUUAAAGAUAACAUGACACUUUGCAAUGAAGUCGAUGAGAAAGUCAUUCAGCACUUUGUGCAUUGCAUUGAGAUUCAUGGACGGCAUGUUGAGUACUUGAAGUUCCUUCAAACUAUUGUUAAGGCUGAGAAUCAGUUUAUUAGAAAAUGUCAAGACAUGGUCAUGCAAGAAUUGGUCAAUGCUGGUGAGGAUGUUCUCAUAUUUUACAAUGACAAGUCUAGUUUCAAUACAUUUAUGGAAAUGAUGAGGAACUACACAAAGGGGACGAUGGAGGAUCCUAGUGCAUUAAAUUAUCAUAUUGAACUGGUUAGAUUGCUGGCAUGUUGUACCAUGGGCAAGAACGUCUACACAGAAAUCAAAUGCAACAGCCUCUUAGCACUCGAUGACAUCGUCUCAAUAGUUUCCCACCCUGAUUGCAUUCCAGAAGUUAAAGAAGCUUACAUAGACUUCGUCAACCAUUGUUAUAUAGACACAGAAGUAGAAAUGAAGGAAAUUUACAGCUCAAAUCACAUGUGGAAUAUUUUUGAGCGUUCAUUCCUUAGUGACAUUCAAACUGUUGUUGAUGUUGGACCUGCCAAUGGAAAAAUGGAGAAUUACGUGCUGAAUGAAGUGAUGACGAUUCUUAUUUCAUUCUUUUCAUCGCCAUUUAGUGAUCAAAGUACAGCACUGCAGAGGAGACAGCUGAUUUUCAUUCAAUUACUCCAAAAAGUCUACAAACUAUCACAAUUAAAGUUCCUUACUGCACCACAAAAGUUUAGCGUCGAAAGCUGCAUCAAAACUCUCAUUGAAGUCGCAAAAACUCGUGUAAUAGCAAUUCCAACAGAUUUAGAAGGUGCUGUAGUCAACAUGUUUAGCAAAACUGCAUUACUGACAAGACAGACUAGUAAAUGGCUAAUGGCAUCAAAACAAACGAAGCUUGAUAGAUCGCUUAGUCAACCGAAGCUAGAUAGAAGCAUCAUUGAAGGAUUGCAGGACAUUGUGAGCUUGUUGGAGGAUCAGUUGAAGCCACUUGUUGAGGCUGAGCAGAGUUUGCUGGUUGAUAUUUUGUAUAGAUCCGAGCUCCUAUUUCCCCUCGGUUCCGAGUCUCGCAAGCGCUGUGAAGCUGGUGGCUUCAUCCGUCGUCUAAUAAAACACGCAGAACGUCUUUUAGAAGAAAAGGAAGAGAAGCUUUGUGUAGAAGUCCUAAGAACCUUAAGAGAGAUGAUGGCACUAGACAUGGAAUAUGGAGAAAAAGGCGAUCGACUACGAAACAACCUACUUGAAAGAUAUUUUGGCUCUGAAGCAUUUAAAACUCCACAAACGAAGCAGCCAGCAAAGAAAAUUAAAGCAAUAGUAGCUAUUAAGGCAUCGUCUGUAAAAGUCCAUAAAGAGACACUUGAAGAGUCAAAAGGAGCUCCUGUUUUAGUAACUCAUGGUCCUGGUGCCAAAUAUCUAAGUCGAGCUGGAAAGACACUUUAUGAAGUCCAAAAUAUGUUGGAUAAAGAAGGCGCGAGUGACUUAGUUGUGGAACUUGUCAUCAAAUCUCUUCACAGUCCAUCGAUCUUCAUGGAAGCUGUGGAACUUGGAAUAGCCUUACUUGAAGGUGGCAACAAUGUCAUUCAACGUGGCAUGUUCAAUAAGUUCCACACAGUCGAUCCAUCGCCAGCAUUCUUUAAAGUAUUUUAUGAUAAAAUGAAGGACGCUCAAGUUGAGAUUAAAUCAACAGUCACAGUCAAUACGACAGACUUAGCAGCAAAAGCUAAUGAGAAUCGAGAAUAUCAACGAGAUGUGGACCGAAUCAGUCGACGAACAGCUCCGAUCAGAUCAAAUGGAAUUGUUAUAACUGAUGAAUUUAGGGACGAACUUAAUAAUGCUGGAAUAUCAACAGCACGAGCUUUUGCAGCUGCAAGAACAUUCACAGGUGCCGCUGAUGAAUAUGCUAGCUCAACAUCAAGCUGUCCUAAUCCAUUGGAAGAAAUUCUAGCUGAAAAACUUGAAAAACACAAGGAAAAGGAUCAGAGGGAGAAAUUGUCACCGAAGGUGUUGGUUAUGAGACCGAUUUUAAGGUUCCUUCAGUUGCUGUGUGAGAAUCACAAUCCAGACUUACAGAACUUGUUAAGGAAUCAAAGCAACAAGACGAAUUUUAAUUUAGUAUCUGAAACUUUGAUGUUCUUGGACUGCAUUUGUGGUUCUACGACAGGUGGUCUAGGUCUACUCGGUCUUUACAUCAACGAGAACAACGUGUCACUCAUCAAUCAAACACUUGAAACUCUGACUGAAUAUUGUCAAGGACCAUGUCAUAUAAAUCAAAACUGCAUAGCUACUCAUGAGUCAAAUGGACUUGAUAUCGUUACAGCUUUGAUACUGAAUGACAUCAAUCCUCUUGGGAAGAAUCGGAUGGACUUGGUCCUCGAGCUCAAAAACAACGCUUCAAAACUCCUUCUAGCCAUUAUGGAGUCCCGUGGUGACUCAGAAAAUGCCGAACGCAUCCUUUACAACAUGAAUCCUCGUCAACUCGUUGAAGUUGCUUGUCGUGCUUACCAUCAAGAAGGUGCAAUGGAAGAAGAGGAUGAUGAAGGUGAUGGAGACGACGAUGACUCAGUAUCACCAAAAGAAGUCGGUCACAACAUUUACAUUCUCUGUCAUCAACUUGCUCAACAUAAUAAAGACUUGGCACAAUACUUAAGACAAUCGGAUACGUCAAAUUUCGAUGAAAAGUCGCAGAGGGCUUUGGUGUUUUACGCGAAUCAUACAGCACAAAUUGAAAUUGUUAGAAAUGAUAGGACUUUGGAGCAGAUUGUGUUUCCUAUUCCUGAGAUUUGUGAAUAUUUGACGAAUGAUACGAAAGUUAAGGUUUUAAAUACUGCUGAGUUGGAUGAUCAGGGUUCGAAGGUCGCUGACUUCUUUGACAGAACAGAAUCAAUGUUCAACGAGAUGAAAUGGCAAAAGAAACUCCGAGGACAACCAGCUCUAUUUUGGGUUUCAUCAUACAUGUCACUCUGGGCAAACAUUCUCUUCUACUGUGCUGUACUUAGCAAUGUUAUAGUCGCAUUCUUCUAUCCAUAUGAAAAUAAUCUUCCAGAACUUAAAGUCCAUGUCUCGUUAAUCAUUUGGAUAGGCUUCUUCAUAUCAAUUGCACUUGUUAUUACUCGACCGACACAAAUGACGACUCGAGUGCUUUCUGCUUUUGUGAUUUGUAGGCUUAUAUUUUCAAUUGGACCAGAGCCAACUUUGUGGAUUCUUGGAACGUCGACAGUGAUUUUAAAAGGGAUUCAUAUUGUUUCAAUUAUGGGCAAUCACGGAACAUUGGAGAAGAAAUAUACAAAAAUUAUUACGGAUGCUGAACUGUUAUAUCAUUUUGGGUAUAUGAUGUUCUGUGUGUUUGGGUUGCUGCUACAUCCGUUCUUUUAUUCAUUGCUGCUCUUUGAUGUCGUCUAUCGAGAAGAAACUCUACUGAAUGUGAUCCGGUCUGUAACUCGUAAUGGAAGGUCUAUCAUCUUAACUGCUGUCUUGGCUAUAAUUUUGGUCUACAUGUUCUCAAUUAUUGGAUAUAUCUUCUUCAAGGACGACUUCUUGGUGCCAGUUGAUGAGGAUUUAGUUGAAAACUGCAAUCUCGAGUCAUCUGAUCCACGCUCAUUCUUCAUGUCAGCAAUCAACCAAAACUACUGUGAACAAAGGAACCUCGAAGUCACUGACAAAAAUGAUGAUGACGAUGGAGAAGUCAAGGAACGUGCCUGUGAUUCACUCCUAAUGUGUAUAGUCACAACAAUGAACCAAGGUCUGAGAAACGGAGGUGGAAUUGGUGACAUUUUGAGAGCUCCAUCCAGUAAAGAACCGCUGUUCAUGGCUCGCGUUGUUUACGAUCUUCUUUUCUUCUUCAUUGUCAUUAUUAUUGUAUUGAACCUCAUUUUUGGUGUCAUUAUUGACACAUUUGCGGAUUUGAGAUCUGAGAAGCAGCAAAAGGAAUUGAUUUUGAAGAACACUUGCUUCAUCUGUGGAUUGAACAGAUCAGCUUUCGACAACAGAACUGUAAGCUUUGAAGAACACGUCAAGGUUGAACACAACAUGUGGCAGUAUCUGUUCUUUAUGGUCUUGAUUAGAGUUAAGGAUCCGACUGAGUUUACAGGACCUGAAAGUUAUGUUCAUGGAAUGAUUAAGGCUUUGUGUUUGGAUUGGUUCCCAAGACUUCGAGCAACAUCUUUGGAUACUGUGGAAGGUGAAGGAGAUCAACUUGAUGUGAAGAGCCUUAAUAAGGAGCUUGAAAAGACACAAGAUCUGGUGCUGCAGCUGUCUAAACAGUUGUCAGAGUUAAAGGAUCAGAUGACAGAGCAGCGCAAGCAGAAGCAACGUUAUGGCUUACUCAACCCAACAGCCUCAGCCUCAUAUCAAUUUGGCAAUCAGUUCUUGUAGCAAUCUUAGAUGUGAUAAGAGAUUAAUUUAUGCAGUAAUAAGAAUCAUCAUACUAGCUGGAACUUGCUAAAUCGAACUUAUAACAAAAGUUAAUUCAUCAAAAUUGUAGAAAUUUGAAAAAAAUGUUAAAAAUUUAUAUGAAAUAUGACUUAUUGAAAAUUUAAAUUAUUUUAAUAGCUAGAAUAUUUUUAGAAAAUAUCAAUUUUUAAUUGCAAAAUUUAAGUUUUCUAUUUUUAAAAUUUCAAUUCUUUUUACUUACAUUUGUGCUUAACUUAUUCUUAGUUCUAUUUUGUGCAAUAAUUUUAUUAAACUUUUUUAUGAUUUCGGAUUUAAAAUUUUGCUUUAAGUUUUCAAAAAUUUUGUUUUUAUUUUUUAAAAACUAUUAUUUUAAUUCAAAAGUUUAAAAAACUUAAAAAUUUGAAAAUGUUAAAAAGUUUUAAAAUUUUAAAAGAUUGAAAAUUUGUAAAAUUAAAAAAAAAUUAACCUUUUUGAAUAACUUUAAAAUUUAAACAAUAUUAAUUUAAUUUUUUUUUAAAAAAAAUUAAAAUUUCAAUCUUAAAAUCCAAUAAAUUAUUGAACCAUGGCGACAGCCAGGAUGAAUAAAAAUCUAAAAAUCACUUCCUGGAUAAUCCUCAAUGUUAAACUUUACCAUUCUCUUUAAAAAUCUCAAAAAAUCUACUUAAACAUUGUUAAACGCCUCGAAUAGUUAAAAACACAUAUUCACAUUAGUUUUAUUUAUAAGGAGCAAUGCUCAAUGGUUCUAGAAUAUUAAAAUAUAGUCUCAAAAUUUUCAAUUUAUUUCAAAAAAAAUAAUUGCACAAUUGUUAAAAAGUUUAGGAAAUUGAAAACUUUAUUAUUAUUAUUGUUUAAAAAAUGAAGAAAAAAACUUCG